AUGGCUUCGAAAAGUACUGCAGUUACCUCCAAAAUCUUGAAAAAUGCCUUAUUCUUCUCACUCAUCAUCUCUGUAAUUUCUUACGAGUUUGAAGUUGGGGAAGAGACAGGUUGGGCUACACCAACUGGAAAUGAGCCUGAGACCUACAAUGAGUGGGCUGCUAGAAACAGAUUCCGCAUUGGAGAUACUCUUUAUUUCAAGUACCAAAAGGACUCGGUUCUGGUGGUGAAUUCUGAGGAUUACUUAAACUGCAACACAUCAAAUCCUAUCACCAAAUUCCACGAUGGAAACACGAUUUUCCAAUUUGACCGCUCGGGGUUCUUUUAUUUCAUAAGUGGCCAGUCUGGGCACUGCAAAUCUGGCCAAAGGCUUAUUGUUCGUGUAAUGCACCCUUCUGAAGUUGAGUCGCCGGAGUCCGCUCCUUCACCGGCGCCGGCUCCACGAUCAAGCGGAGAUGAUAGUUGGGAUUCAGACGAUUGGGGCCCGCCGGGAAUCAGUUCAACCACCAAGCUCGCUGUAGCUUCUUAUUAUAUGACUUCUUUUGCAGGCAUAUUAUUUGUUCUAUAUCAGUCAUUCUAG